AUGCACGAUCGUAUUGAAACCUUGAAACAAGCAAUCAAACAUUUGGAACACAAAGCAACAAAAUUACAGAGUCGUUUAAAUUCAUCUAUUUCUAUCAGUAAUAAAGUUGAUGAGAAUAUUCGACAUUUACAACAGAAACUUUCUGCUUACGAAAAGGACUUGACACGAUUGAAAAAUGAAAUUCCUAAUAAUACGUUGGACAAAUAUACACACACAGAAAUAGAUGUAACUUCACUUGAAGAACUAAGAUUAUUAGCUACAAACAUAAAUGAAAUAUUUCAUGAUUUAGAAGAUGCAAAAUUAGUACUGCGUAGACCAUCCAUACCGAAUAAUUCAUUGAUAAAUUUAAAAGAGACAUAUCAAAUGUUGAUAAAACAAUAUGAUAUUCAAGUUGAUACAACAAACAUCAAAUAUAGUGAACAUUUCAAUUUUAUUAAAAAUUGUCGUGCAUUACGAUUGUAUAUAACAGAUCUAAUAACAACAUUAUACAACCUAAAAAAACAACCAAUAUCAACCGUCAAUGAGAUAAGACAACUUAUUAAUGAAAAAUCAUCUGAACUCGCGAACCUCAUGCGAAUUUACGAUAAUUUACAACCAUUAUUAUUAAAUGCAGAAAAAGAAACAUCAGAAAGUGGCAAAAUAAAAUUAAAUGAGGAAAAUAAUUUUCUAAAACGAGCAUUACAAUCAGUAGAAGUUUAUAUUAAAAAUAUGGUUAAAAUCUGUGCAUUGAAACAACAACAAUGGAAUGAAUUUGAAUGGAGAUUAAAAUUGAUCAAAAAGAUUCUCAAUGAUUGUAAUCGAAAACAGAAAGAAGUAAUCGAUGAGAAUAAUGGUCAGAUACUUGAUGUUAAAAUGAUUAACAAACAACUUGAAAUUUUUAAAGAUAUUCAAAGUGAAAUGAUGACUGUUGAAAAUCCUAUGGAUUAUGCGAUGCAAGUCAGACAUAAUAUUGAUCAUGACAAUGAUAAUAAUCUAUUUUUUGUUGAUACUGAAAUUGCACACGAACUUACAUCAUUAAACACAAAUUAUCGAUCAAAUUUAAUAUCUGUCAAACAAUAUAUUGAACAUUUGGAUAAUAUUCAUAAUAUAUUUAAACGAUUAAAUUCUUCACUGACUAUGAUAGAAAAUGAUUUUAUAGUACAACAAGAAUUCUUAAAAAAAAUUCAUAUUCUUGUUGAAAAUCAAAAAUAUACUGCCAAUGUUGAAUUAGUACCCGUAACUACUUUACGUUUGCAAAUAGAAGAAAUUCAAAGUUCAUAUCAACAAUUAGAAAAAAAAUUAAUUGAAUACAAAAAUAUACAUUUAAAAUUGCAGACUAUGUGUAGAGAAGAACAAAAUAUUAAACAAUUAUUUAGUUGUACAUCAUCAAAAAUAAGAUUAGAUACAUUACAUUCAAAAUUAGAAGCAUUACGACAAUCUAUAAUUAUUGAACAACGAAAUAUUGAUUAUUUUGAAUCAGAUAGUAAAUUAAUUAAUACAUUGACAAUUACAUAUAAUGAAUUAAAACAACAAGUAACAAAAAAUAUAUCUCAU